UUGAUUUCCAAAAAGGAAACUCCCAGCAACAGAUCAAAAAUACAAAAAAUAUAUAAAAUAAAUUUAAAAAAAAAAUGGAUCCCGAGGAAGCAUUUCUAACUCAACGAAAUCUUGUUGUCGAAACGUUAAAGCACUUGGAUGACAUGGCCAAUGCCCAUAAAGCAGCAGAAAGAGGCAAAGAUACUAAGACGCAGGAAGUGGAUAUUACAGCGGGUGUGACAGAGGGCAACUACUUGGUGAUUUCUCGCGUGGAGCGCACACAAAAGUCCAGUGCUCGUUACACACCCAAAAAGUUUAUAAAGUCGGGAAGAGUCAAUUUAAUGCCAUUCAUGCAACAGAUCGAUGUGACACACGAGGCGCGCCUCAAAGCGCGUAGGGAACGCCAUGUGGCAGCUGAGAAUUUUCGCAGAUUGGGCAACGAAGAGUUCCGUAACGGCAUCUACGACAAGGCCAUAUACUUUUACACCAAGGGUCUGCAAUAUGUGACCGAUACGCCUGUACUAUAUUGCAAUCGGGCCUUGGCAAGGAUUAAGAAAAGGGAAUUCAAAUUAGCCCUCAUAGAUCUGGAUAUGGUGGUAUUUAAACUGGAUCCUGGUAAUAUGCGGGGCUGGCUUUAUAGGGCUGGUGCCCUAGCGCGCAUCAACAAUGAGCCCGAGUCUCAGGUGGCCAUACGCAAUGCGUUUAUCUUCAACAGAAAUCCCAAGGAUCAGCGCUACAUUCAAAUGUUUGUGGAAAAAAUGCGCGAAUUUUAAACAAUUUAUUUCUUUGUUUAGUUUUUUUUCUUUUAAUUUGUAUUUUAUUAGGAGAAAUUCUCUGUUAUAAAAACAGAAAUUCAAUCAA